AAUUCUUCUCCUUCAAUCAAAGGUACGAACUUUGGAUUUUCUCUCGCUGAAACCUUUAAUUCAAGUGGAAUUAUUGCGCUACAGGUUUCUCUUUGGAGUGAUUUUAAUUUCUGGCUCCUUAAAUGGCAGACACUAAUGUAUCCGAGGAAACCACCAUGGAUGCUUCUCAGGAGAGACAUGAAACGGUCGAUGAGAUGCUUGCUAGGCACAGACAAGAGAUCAAACAACUACAGAACAAGGAGACGGAGAUGAAAAAAGCAGCUGCAAAAGGAAGCAAAGCUGAGCAAAAAGCAAAGAAGAAGCAAGUCGAAGAAGACAUUUCCAAACUCUCCACAAAACUGAAGGAGAAACAGUUGAAAGAACUCGCGUCACAAGGUUUCAGCAGCAGCAGCAGCAACAUUUCCAAGGACGAAACGAAUGAGAAAAAAGGAGAUAUCGACACUUUAGUGAGAGCCAUCGCUGGAGUCUCAGUCACUGCUCAGCAAGAACACUCAAAGCCGAGCAAGAGCGUGAAGAGACGCGAGAAGCGAGCUAAGGAAGAUGCGGAUAGAGAGCAGAGAAUCAAAGUGGAACAAAGCAAAGUGACAAGUGAUCGUAUGGUGGAGAACGAAAAGCUAGAGAAGAAGCUUAAGCCGUUGGGAUUAACAAUCAGUGAGAUAAAGCCAGACGGGCAUUGUCUUUACCGAGCUGUUGAGAACCAGCUUGCCAAUCUCUCAGGCGGUGCAUCUCCUUACACAUACCAGAAGCUAAGAGAGAUGGCUGCUGCCUACAUGAGAGAGCACAAAACCGAUUUCAUCCCCUUUUUCUUAUCAGAAACCGAGUCUGCAUCCGAGGCUGACUCCAAUGGCGGAUCUGCGGAAGAGCGGUUUGAGAAAUACUGCAGAGAAGUCGAGUCAACCGCGGCUUGGGGCAGUCAGUUGGAGCUAGGAGCGUUAACACAUUGCUUGAGGAAGCACAUAAUGGUGUUUUCGGGUUCGUUUCCGGAUGUUGAAAUGGGCAAGGAGUAUAAAUCCGGCAAUGACUCUAGCCUCAUGUUAUCGUAUCACCGUCAUGCUUUUGGGCUCGGUGAGCAUUAUAACUCCGUCGUCCUCGUCAACAGCAUAACCGGAUGAUGGAAGAUGGACUUUCUCUCAAGCUUCAAGAAAAGUACUUUUGUAUCAGAAUCAGAAGUUUCAAGAUUUACCGAAAUUCUAUUCUUCUUUAAUGUUUCUUGGCUUUGAAAGAACCUACUUUGUAACUUCAGUUUUUCCUUGAUACAACGCUAUGUAUCAUUGUAUUCUAUACAGUUGCAGGGUUUCAUUACAGAACUCGAAGGAGAAAAUGACAUGAAGAAACUUGUUGUCCUUUGGGCAUUUUUGCGAG